AUGUAUGUUACAUCGACUAGAAUUGGAGAUACGCGAGUGGAUGAUGCUAAUGCAGAUACCUGCUCCAAUGUAAUCGCAGGCCCGUUCUGCCCGACGCUUCAAGGAGGUCCAAGGCCUAUCAUACACCAUGCGACAAUGUCCACCGUGUUGAUCACACACGGGGAAGAUCCCCCAGGAAGUGCGCCAUGCACUUCGCCACUGUUAUUUUGUGUGGAGCGGAUAUCGGUGAUGGCUACUCGCAGGGGAAUAAGCAAUCAAGGGUUAAAGUCAUGCGAGGGGCCGGGCCAGAACUCGGGACAAAUUCUUUGA